UUCCAGGGUGUGUGGAAGAAGACCGUAAAGUGCUUUUGGUGGGAACUGGUCAGCUGGCGUCAGAUGUUUGGACACUGAGGAAUGGAUGGUCAGAGGAAGGGAGGUUGGAUAUUGCCUUGGCUGGGCUUGGGGUGAGACUAGGAUAUGAGGUGUGUUCCAGGUCAGCUAAGGUGUAUUUGAUGACUCUGUCAAGUCAUUGUGACGCAAGGGAGGAGUAAAUAUCGAAGAUUCCAGAAAACUGGUUUGGUGCCAUUUUUUUUGGUGCCACAGAGCAAAGAGCCAGGGCAAGCACUCAAGGAAGUGACUUGAACAAAGACACACACAGUGCUCUCACACCUUGCUUUUUCCUGUGGAUACGUCUGACAGCUGGAAUUACCGGAGGAGCUAUUUUUACGAAUCCCCCUACGAGCAUAUGUGAACUUGAGCGAGCUGUGACUGGGACCUAUUAGCAGUACCUUGAAGAGGUGUAUGGUUUCAGACCUUGGGUCUAAGGGACGAAGUGCGAAGCGUUGUGGGAGAGGAGAUGGAGUUUGUGGAGUUGGAACUGAGGAGGAUUUUGAUUCAGUGAGUGCUGAUCAGAGCUGGUGAGGGAGACCGGGCCCCACGAGGAAAGGAGGAGUCGAUGGGUGAUGUCAUCAACAGGUCCGGAACUGUCUUACAAGUGACCGAAAGGUUCUAACUACGCCAUGUCUAACGGUGGCGGGGUGGUGAGCAGCUCCACCCACCUGCUGGACCUGCUGGAGGAGCCCAUCCCGGGCGUGGGCACCUACGACGACUUCCACACCAUCGACUGGGUGCGCGAGAAGUGCAAGGACCGCGAGCGGCACCGCAAGAUAAACAGUAAAAAGAAGGAGUCAGCAUGGGAGUUCACCAAGAGCCUGUACGACGCCUGGUCAGGAUGGCUGGUGGUGACCCUCACUGGCCUGGCAUCAGGAGCGCUGGCCGGCGUGAUCGACAUCGCGGCCGACUGGAUGAACGACAUCAAGGAGGGCGUGUGCCUGACGGCCAUGUGGUUCAACCACGAGCAGUGCUGCUGGGGCUCCAACGAGACCACCUUCGCCGAGCGCGACAAGUGCCCGCAGUGGAAGACCUGGGCCGAGCUCAUCCUGGGACAGGCAGAGGGUCCGGGCUCCUACAUCAUGAACUACUUCAUGUACACGUACUGGGCCCUGUCCUUCGCCUUCACGGCCGUCUGCCUGGUGAAGGUGUUCGCCCCCUACGCCUGCGGCUCAGGGAUCCCUGAGAUCAAGACGAUCCUGAGCGGCUUCAUCAUCCGCGGCUACCUGGGCAAGUGGACGCUGAUGAUCAAGACCAUCACGCUGGUGCUGGCGGUGGCGUCGGGGCUCAGCCUGGGCAAGGAGGGCCCGCUGGUGCACGUGGCCUGCUGCUGCGGCAACAUCUUCAGCUACCUCUUCCCCAAGUACAGCAAGAACGAGGCCAAGAAGAGAGAGGUGUUGUCUGCAGCGUCAGCAGCAGGUGUGUCGGUGGCUUUUGGUGCACCAAUAGGAGGAGUACUCUUCAGUCUGGAGGAGGUGAGCUACUACUUCCCCCUGAAGACGCUGUGGCGCUCCUUCUUCGCGGCGCUGGUGGCGGCGUUCGUGCUGCGCUCCAUCAACCCGUUCGGCAACAGCCGGCUGGUGCUGUUCUACGUGGAGUACCACACGCCCUGGUACCUGUUCGAGCUCUUCCCCUUCAUCCUGCUGGGCGUCUUCGGCGGCCUGUGGGGCGCCUUCUUCAUCCGCGCCAACAUCGCCUGGUGCCGCCGGCGCAAGUCCACGCGCUUCGGCAAGUACCCGGUGCUGGAGGUGAUGACUGUGGCGGCGGUGACCGCGGUGGUGGCGUUCCCGAACCCGUACACGCGGCAGAACACCAGCGAGCUCAUCAAGGAGCUGUUCACCGACUGCGGGCCGCUCGAGUCCUCGCAGCUGUGCCAGUACCGCAGCCGCAUGAACGGCACCAGCGCCUACACGGACGCCGCCGGCAACACCGCCUCCACGCCCGGCGUCUACUCCGCCAUGUGGCAGCUCGGCCUGGCGCUCGUCUUCAAGGUCGUCAUGACCAUAUUCACCUUCGGCCUGAAGGUGCCGUCAGGUCUGUUCAUCCCUAGCAUGGCAAUCGGGGCGAUCGCGGGGCGCAUCGUGGGCAUCGUGAUGGAGCAGCUGGCGUACUACCACCACGACUGGUUCCUGUUCAAGGAGUGGUGCGAGGUGGGCGCCGACUGCAUCACGCCAGGCCUCUACGCCAUGGUGGGGGCCGCCGCCUGUCUCGGUGGCGUGACGCGCAUGACGGUGUCGCUGGUGGUCAUCGUGUUCGAGCUGACGGGCGGCCUGGAGUACAUCGUGCCGCUGAUGGCGGCCGUCAUGACCAGCAAGUGGGUGGGCGACGCGUUCGGCCGCGAGGGCAUCUACGAGGCGCACAUCCGCCUCAACGGCUACCCGUUCCUGGACGCCAAGGAGGAGUUCACGCACACCACGCUGGCGCGCGACGUCAUGCGGCCGCGGCGCUCCGACCCGCCGCUGGCCGUGCUCACGCAGGACGACCUGACGCUGGCCGAGCUGCAGGCCAUCAUCACGCAGACCAGCUUCAACGGCUUCCCCGUCAUCGUCUCCAAGGAGUCGCAGCGGCUGGUGGGCUUCGCCCUGCGCAGGGACAUCACCAUCGCCAUCGAAAACGCCCGGCGUAAGCAGGAGGGCAUCCUGCUGAACUCGCGGGUCUAUUUCACCCAGCAUGCCCCGACGCUGCCCGCCGACAGCCCUCGGCCCCUCAAGCUGCGCUCCAUCCUGGACAUGAGCCCCUUCACGGUUACCGACCACACGCCCAUGGAGAUCGUGGUGGACAUCUUCCGCAAGCUGGGCCUGCGCCAGUGCCUGGUCACCCACAACGGGAUUGUGUUGGGAGUCAUCACUAAGAAGAAUAUUUUAGAGCACCUGGAAGAGCUCAAGCAUCGAGUGGAGCCCUUGGCGUCUCCUCGGCAUCGUCACAAAAAAAGAUAUCCUCCGCCACAUGGCCCAGAUGGCCGACCAAGAUCCCGACAACAUAAUGUUCAACUAGUCCCGUCCUUCAUCAGCUGCACCCAGCCGCCGGAGGAGGAAGAGGAGGAGACCGAAGAGGAGGUCCGCCUACUGGACAGCACGUCCCUCUGACCACACGUCCCCCCAGCUACCAAACACCACCACUGUUCUCCACACACACACACACACACACACACACGCACACACAUACAUGCACACACACACACACACACAUACACACACACACACACACACACAUUCACGUUGACUUGAUUGGGCUGGUGUCUUAUCGCUGCCCUCUGCUGGUGGGGACUGGAAAUGCACAAUCCAGCACACAGACUUGUCAGAGGGGGUGGGUGGAAGAGAUGGUGGACUGUGAAAUGUGUUUCACAGAAGAAUCAGUGUCUAAAUCAAAUCACACACACACACACACAUUUUUGGCACUACUAUACCUGUCUACACCCACAAACCACUGACACUAACACACUCACUUCUCUCACACAUACACACAUAGACAGACACUCACCAACAAACACACAGUUCAUGCACCCUUGCUCCUCCCGUCCCACCACCCAUGUUGAUUGACCUUUUGAUUCGUGACCUUUGACCUGUCUCGUUAAAGGUGCCUAGCAUAGACAAAAAGGUCGAGAUGAAACGCCCAGAGGAGAGGAGCUACUGCAACCCUUGUCCACCAAUCUCCAGCCCUCAUGAUACAACUAUGUUUACCUGUAAAGUCUGCGUUCGUGUGUGUGUUUGCGCGUUUGCGUGAGUGUGUGCGCGUGUGCCUGUGUGUGUGUGUGUGUCUGUCUAAAAAAGCACCCAACAUUCCAGACAAGCUGGUAUGUGAACCGUUUGGCUUUCUUGCACCUUUACAGAAGUAAUCAAAAGCUCAACAGCUUUAAAGUGUGUGUUUGUUUGUUUGUUUCUUUGUGUUUGUGUGUGUGUGUGUGUGUGUAUGUGAGUUGUGUGUGCGACGUGCGUGAAUGUUUGUGUUUGGGUGUAAUGGAGAAUGACUGUGUGAAUGUGCAUGCAUGUGGGUUGCCUCUUCUACGUUUUGUGUGCAAGACUGGUGUCAACAUUUCUCACUAUGUGUUUGGGUUCGGAAGGGUGUGGCGAUUGAGUAAUUAAUGUAAAAUAUGAACAAACAUACAAAUCAAAAGUUCAACUGUGAGGAGCUGCUGGACGUUGCUGCUCGAGUGUGUGUGUGUUUGUUUGUGUGUUUGUUUGUGUGUGUGUGUGUGUGUGUGUGUGCGCGCCUGUGCUGAACGCUUGUCAGGACGGUGGUAUCUGCCAGGACGUGUGGGACCCCCCCAGUCUCAUCAUUCCUGGUCGUCGUUUUGGGAUUGACUAACAAAAAGUACCUGGAAUUCUGUGUUCUUUGUUACUGGGUAAAAAUAAGAAAUCUUUUUUUUUUUUUUUUUUUUUUUCCUGUUCGGACUACUAUUGUUGCUACUACUUUUAGACGUAUUGUAUAUUACCAAGUAACUCCACUUUUUCGGCUUAGAAGAUAAAUGUUCUGCAUAAGCAAAUGUGACCUUUUAAAAGGAUGGUACAGCGCGGAUUAUCAUGGCGAGUUAAGCUACAGACCUUUCUUUUCACCUCGCUCUUGAUAGUUUUGUUUUCUUUGUCAGUAAAAAUCAGUACAAGAAAGUGUCUUACCUCAGUUGCUUUCUCUUAAUUUGCAUUCAACUGGACUCGAGCGGCCCCACCAACAACAUUCUCCAAGUUGCUAUUGCUUUAGGCGAACUACAAGUAACAUGGCUCACGAGAAGUGCAAUUCAAUUUGCUUGCUUGAAACGUUUUCAUCUUGUUGGCAAAAACUUGCGCGUAUAACUCGCGUAAAUGAGCGUUGACUUGAAGACAAAAAAGGCCUAUAAAUGCUGCGAGGGCCUGCACUAAAACAAAAAAUAAAAAAAAACUCGAAGUCUACCCCUUGUCCAUUUUUUUUUGUUUCUUAACUCUGCUACCCUGAGCGAAAUAGUCCAAGUGUGCGAGCCAACUUCAGGCUUGCGAAGAAUGUGAUCUGUCCCUGUGGUCGUCCAGAGUGUCACGCGCCGGGCCUUUGCUCCCCACAGAGCAAGAGGAGCAGUUCAGGCAUCUUUUGUCCUCUACAGUGACUUGUACUGCUGUCCAAAACCAUCUUAUUUCUUUAAAUCGAUCUCAGUGUUUUUUCUUUUUUUUUUUUUUUUCCUUUUUUAAUUUAUAUUAGUGCUAGAGUUGUACAGUACUGUAUGAAGAAUUUUACGUAUGAUUACGUACGAUUGAAAGGUCGAUUGUACAUUUAAAGCAAAAUAUGUAAAGAUUAAAUUGUUUUAAAUUAAGUGUAUGCAACAGC